AUGGCCAAUACCCCGAUGGUCAUCCUAUGGAAAGCCCCGAACGGCACGACAAUCCUGUCACAUCGACAAGCGUCUGGACAUGUCGAGCCCCAGCCUGUAACACAUCCCCCGCGCCUGGCCACCGUAGUUGCCAAUCCGGUCGACCCUCUGCCCGACAACGUCUCCCCCAUUUUGGCAUUCGACAUAUCGAAGACCCCAGAAUUAGCCGAAUCGCUCAUCUGGGCGUAUGGAGUAACUGUGCCGGAUCCCGACCCCAACACCAGCAUCGUGCAGCAUCUAGACGCAGGGAGGUUCUCGUUGGAUCUAGCCAACAACCUUGAAGUGUCCUCUUCUCCUACCGUAUCGUCCGACGCCCAAAGUACCCCAGGGUCCCCGACGGUCACGAGCAUCUCCUCUCUUUCAGCGUCGUCGCAAGUUUCUUCCACCACGACUGACGAAGACCGAGCGCGCACUAACAGCCUUCUGGUGGCGCACGCGGUCUUUUGUGCUGCGGGGUUCCUGAUAAUGCUUCCGUUGGGUGCUCUGGUAGCCCGGUGGACUCGGGUGUUUACAGCGAAGUGGUUCACAGCCCACUGGUUCAUCAACGUCGUUUUGGGGCUUCCGCUCAUUUGCAUAGGAUGGGCACUAGGGCCGCUCGCUGUUGCGCAACAGGGUCUGGAGCAUGUGGUGACCGCCCACCAGAUCGGCGGUGUGGUUCUCUUCGCGCUCUUCAUUGUCCAGGUCGCUCUGGGCACGCUUGUGCACAUGCGGCGCCCCAAAGACGGCCGGAAGGCGCACCCACCCCGCAACAUCCUGCACGUCGGGCUCGGGCUCGCGAUAUUCGGGCUGUCGAUAUACGAGACGAUCAAUGGCGCAGACCGCGACCCAGGAGUGAGCGGCACGAGCCAAAAGGCCAUCACGGCCAUAUGCAUCACUUGGGCGGCGACCUUCAGCGGCACGUACGGGAUCGGCCUCCUCUUCCUCCGGCGCCAGAUCGCACAAGAGCGUCUCGGUUGGAACGUGCCCGACGCGGUGCCCCUCCCCCUCCCAAUCCUAGCCCCUCGCCGGCGGACGCGCGCGGACUCGCCCGAGGCACUCGCCGCCGCCGUCCCGGCGCGCCGACGUGGGACACUCGCCGCACUCGUCGCAGCCGCGGACGUGGACGUGGACGACGGCACGCACGACGUCUUCAGCGAGGCCGCGCGCCUCGCGGGCGAGGACGACGGCCCCGAGCGCGAGCGCGAGGCCGCGGCGGCCGUGGCGGAUGAGCGGCCCGCGCGCCCGGCGUCCGCUGUCGUCGUCGCCCGGACGGUGACGGAGAUGCGGGAGGUGCUUGCGGUGCCGGUGUCGCUCUCGGCGUAUCUCUGA